AAAUCAUCAUACAGCUUUUUGUAAGUAUAGAGUGUGUAUUAUAUUGCACCGUGCUUGAGCUGUCAGGUGUGUGCUGGGAUUGGUCAUGUGUGCACUUCCUCUCUGAAACGCUCACACAGGAACUUAUCAAAUUCUAGUGAAUUAUUAACCUCAGGAGAGCUAGAAAGGUUUGAAAAUCACAUCGGAUAUGUCAGAAACCAGCCAUGGCAGGAAAUGCCAAUGGAAGAACCGAUGCGGUCCAAAGAAGGAGGUCUCUCUAUGGACUGUAUCCCUACAAGUCAAGCAUGAUCGGUUUAGAGUCGCUGGCGGAUCCAUCUUCUGAUUGGGACAUCAUGGAAACAAUUGGGAAAGGAACCUAUGGCAAGGUCUACAAAGUCAUCAAUAAGAAAGAUGGAAGUCUUGCAGCAGUGAAAGUUUUGGAUCCCAUUAAUGAUGUGGAUGAGGAAAUUGAAGCGGAGUACAACAUCCUGCGCUCGCUGUCCAACCAUCCCAAUGUGGUGAAGUUCUUUGGCAUGUUCUACAAAGCAGAUGAGCUCUCUGGAGGGCAGCUUUGGCUUGUUUUGGAGUUGUGUAAUGGGGGUUCAGUAACGGAACUGAUAAAGGGUUUGCUGAUGAGGGGAAAACGUCUUGAGGAGCCCAUCAUCUCCUACAUCCUGUGUGGAGCGCUUCUGGGUCUCCAGCAUCUUCACGACAACAGAAUAAUCCACCGUGACGUGAAGGGCAACAACAUCCUCCUCACCACAGACGGUGGAGUCAAGCUGGUGGACUUUGGUGUCUCCGCUCAGUUGACCAGUGCCCGUCUACGCCGAAACACAUCAGUGGGAACUCCUUUCUGGAUGGCUCCUGAGGUGAUAGCGUGUGAACAGCAGUAUGACUACUCGUAUGAUGCCCGCUGUGAUGUGUGGUCUCUGGGCAUCACUGCCAUAGAGCUGGCAGACGGAGACCCACCGCUGGCAGAGAUGCACCCGGUCAAAGCACUCUUCAAAAUACCACGGUAA